UUCAUGUACAUGUGUAUCAAAUUGAAUAUUAAACAAAUUUACUCAUUCAUUGACUCCUUCAGUGAAGCCUAUGUCUCUAUUGCUAGGGAAAGUGAAGAUCAGUGGGUUCAAAAUGAAGAUCAAUUGGUUCAUUUUAAUAUGUAUGCCCGUGGUAUUUGUGUGGCCUGUGUACUAACAGCUGGUUUGUCCUACUUCAGGUGAUCACCACAGAAGGAGGAGUAUUGAAGUCACCUGAAGAUUUGUAGUCCACAUGCAGAAAUAAACAGGAUGGAUGUUUUUGUUGCCGGCUUUUGCUUUCUGACAGUACUCUGCAUUGUCUUGUACGUCUACACAAAGACAGCUCUCACUCAUGCCGCCAGUCCAGAUUUUAAGAAGUUCCAGCGUGUGUAUCUGACUGUCUACCUCCUUGCUAUGGGAGGGGAUUGGUUACAGGGUCCCCAUGUGUAUGCUCUCUACCAGAGCUAUGACAUAUCCAGUCACAGCAUCCAGUUGUUAUUUGUGAUUGGCUUUGGGGCCAGUAUGGUGGUGGGCACAGUUGUGGGAUCAUUUGCUGAUAAGUAUGGUCGGCGUGCCAACUGCAUUUUGUAUGGAAUUCUGUAUGCAUGCGCCUGUGUCACCAAACACUUUGGGAAUUUCUGGGUGUUGCUGAUCGGUCGGUUGCUGGGUGGGACAGCAACUUCCAUCCUGUACAGUGCCUUUGAAUCCUGGCUGAUAUAUGAGCACAACCAACGUGGCUAUGAUCCAGAGUUACUAUCCCAUACAUUCAGUAUUGGGGUGUUGGGAAACUCUCUUGUGGCUAUUUUAGCCGGGCUUGUUGCACAGUGGUUUGCAGAUCAGUAUGGAUUUGUUGCUCCUUUUGACAUUUCAUUGACGGUGCUUAUUGUGAUGUGCUUUGUGAUCAUCUUCACUUGGUCCGAAAAUUAUGGAGACUUGUCGAGCAGUUUUUCUGAAUCGUUCAGAAGUGCACUCAAGUCCAUUCAAACAGAUAAGAAAGUGCUAUGCUUGGGUCUCAUUCAGUCCCUUUUUGAGGGAGCUAUGUACAUGUUUGUGUUGGAAUGGACACCUGCCCUUACUCCAAAAGAUGCUGAUCUCAGUGGUAAGACCAAGGGAGAGCACAGGGGAGCAAUACCGCAUGGGAUUAUAUUUGCAGCAUUUAUGGUGGCAAUCAUGAUUGGGUCAUCUAUCUUUAAAAUCCUGCUGCGAAAUUGGUCACCAGAAUCUUUCAUGAGAGGUGUGCUAGUGCUAUCAGCCGUUUCACUUCUCCUACCAGUUCUCUUCCCAGCCAGCCAGGUGAUUGUCUUCUCUGGGUUUCUGAUAUUUGAGUGCUGUGUUGGGAUAUUCUGGCCAUCCCUGGGCACAAUGAGAGGGAAAUAUGUACCAGAGAAAACACGUGCAACAAUCAUGAACUUCUUCAGAAUUCCAUUGAACAUGAUUGUUGUAUUGAUGUUGAUACAGUCCCUGAGUAUGAAGGUUAUUUUCACCUGUUGUUGUGUAUUCCUGUUCCUUGCCUCCAUGUUUCAGCAAGUGCUCUACCAAUUGUCCCAUAAAAAUCUUCCUGCAGAGGAAAUGCAGAACACUUAUAUCAACAAUUCUGAUGCCAUUAUUAAAAAGCCGUUAUUGGUACAUGGAAGUCCUGCAUAUGAAGAAGAGGACAAACAGAUUAUCACAAACGUGCCCAAAGAAGACGACACAAAUAGUUAACUCAUUCGUGGUAAUCACAAAUUCCGUCAAAGAUUUGUUAUUUUUCUUUUUUUAUUUGAUUUUAUGUAACUUGUUCACAGUGUUGGUUAUAGCAUCAUGUAUGUAUACAGACUUUAUAUGCAUUGUAGUUAUGCAUACAUUUUAUAAUGGUUAUGUGAGGGCCUCCAGGGCAGAAUGGAACACAUGCUAGCAUUGCAAAAUGACUCUGUAAUCCGUCACGAGUGCAGACACUGUGAGUUCAAACCAUCUCAUGCUAACUUCCUAUGGAUGUACAUGGGAAGGUUUGCCACCAUUAGGUGGAUUGUUGUGGGUUUCCCCUCAGACUCUGUCUGGUUUCCUCCUAAGGUGGCUGCUGUCGUAUAAGUGAAAUAUUCGUGAACCAGGUAAAUAAGUUAUGUACUUUUGAAAUGUAUACUUCACCAUGUGCAUGUGCUGGAAAAAGAACAUGCUAUAUUUUUAUGGCCAAAAAUUAAUUGUGUCUAACUGUUCUGUUGCAUUAAAACAGUUGUUUUUUUCCCUUAUAAGAAAAUUACAUGUACAUGCAGUUGAUAGCCCAUGAUUUCAACAGUUCCAAUCCUCUGUACAUAACUAUUGAAAACAAGAUCAGGUAUGUGUAUCACUCCAAAAGUUUUUCUUGGCCACUGAUCAUUUUAAAAAAUAUACGCAUUGGAAUUUCCAAUACAUCAUUGGAAUUACAUUGUAUGUCUACAGCAGAGAAAUGCACCAGUUUCUUAAAAAAGAGAAAAAAAACAGCCUGGAUGUCACUUAAUUUCAUUACAAGAUUUCGAUAAAAAGAUUGAUGGUAUUCUUCUGGGUGCAUAAGGAUUUGUGGAAAAGUCAAAGGGGCUGUCUUAAAGGAUACCUGAAACACUUGGUUUUUAUUUCAUAAUACAGAGUAUAGGAUGUGGGGUUUUAUUUCUUAAUAUGAAACACAUUGUGUGGGGUUGCAUAUUAAAGUACAGAAAAGCUUAUUAAGCUUAGCCUCCUGUGGGGACAUCAAGGAUGAUAACUGUCAAAGCAAAUAUGUUAUGGAGAGAGCAAUAAAAAGAGGCACUAAACUGGUCCCUCGUUACCUGCAUGUUCAUCGAUUACAUCAUUUCCAAAUAUUUCCGAGCAUUGAUGGAAAAUAGCCAUAAAUACCUUUAUGACGAAAUAUAAAGUAUUCCUCAAAGAUGAAAGAAAUUCUCUCUCUCUUUAUUUUUUUUGGACCUAUCUUCAUUUUCCUUACAACCAUAUCUUUCAUUAAUGCAGAAUUUUCACAGUCCUGAUGGUAUGGUGCAGAAUAAUUUGUAUAUGUGUACAUUGAUAAUCGAUCAGUCAACUAAUGUCCGUUAUACGAUAUAAUUUCAGUAAAAAGCUCUGAUAUUGCCACAGAAAGUUACAUACUAUCUUGCAGUCUGUGAUACUGUACUGGCUCUUAGAUGUUAAAUUGUUCAUGUUAAAGUACUUGUUCCCUCCCUUUAGUUAUUCAUUUUUUAGUUAUCACCAUUUCCGUAAUGACUUUUGCGAUUCAUGUUGGUAGCCUGGAAUAUAGCAGUAGCAUAACCUUAAGGUGACUUUAAUAUCACAUAGAACUAUGAAACGUUGUUCAGCUUCCAAAUUUUUUUUUUCCAGGUUGAUUUCUCAAGACUUAAAAGGUGAAGUAGUGUUAGGUUUUAGAAUAUAUACCAUCCAUAUUACUGUAUGUAAUGAUUAGUAUAAGAAUUACUGUUAGUGUGGGGUAUGAUUUUGUCCUUGCUCCUAUGUACGUAUACAUCCAUGAAUAUCUGCACAGUCCGAGGUUUUAAAGUGUGCAUAUAAUAUUUAUAAUCAUUUUGAAAAGGUUUUAUUACUUUUGGGUAGAUUACAGUGGGUGAACGAAUGUUAUCAGAUUAGUAUGUGACCUUUUUGACUGUAUAGGUUUAUUUGUGCUCUUGAAGCGAAGAAUGACAGUGUAACCUCAGGGAAUGAUUUGUAUCUUUGGACCCAACUUGUGUAUGUGGGAAUACAGAGCAAUUACAGCCGUUCCUUAUGUAAAACUUGCAUAUUUGUAAAGCACAAUAAUACAAGGGUAUGUUCCAUCAUUGGUGCUCUGCGUUGAAGUAAUUUUACACUGUAAAUUACAAAAUUCUGGACUUGGUGUCUUGAGUAUAAUGAAAUCAGUGUUAAGGUAAAUGUGGUUGAGGAGAGGAGGAGGCUAUCUCCAAAGUACUGAAUGUAUUGUGCUCAGGUCUUGCCUACUUUUAAGACUCAUCCUAAGGUAAAUGGUUAAGUCCUUUAUGCAUCGAACUGAAGUUUUGCGUUCUUGUGUCUCGUGGUUGCCUUGCUACCAGAUUUAAGUUUCAUUUUGUUACGAGCAGCAAACAUAGCAGCAUCAUUUAAGAGAUGUAUAUGCCUCCCUUUAUCAUCUGCAUUAUAAUGAUUCCCAAGUGUGCCCAUUCUCAAGAAUGUGUGCUAGGGUCAGACUAUAGUGAUAAACUGUACUUCGGACAUGUGUAGUUUGGUUUUAACAAAGGGAUAAUCAGCCUGAUAGUACAUUAAUGAUAAUAUUUUCUAUUGUGUUUUCAUUCCUGUUGGUUGUGUUAUUAGGGGUUCACACAAUCUUGGCAGAUAGCCUGUUAAAAUUGUUUGGAUUAUUAUUAUUGUUAGUCAGCUUGUAAAAUUGCAAUAUCUCGAAAACUAAUAAAAAGGCAGCACGACCAAACUUUGCGGAUUUAAUAACGAAGAUAUAAAGCAACUUUUGACAUAUUGUGCCCUUUUACCAGUCACUAUUUUUAGCAACCAUUUUGACUUCUAUUGAUAACUUUAAAGACUUCUUCUUCUCCAAAGUUCUCCAACUUUGCAAGAUUGUAUUGUUUCUGUCUUUUGUUCUCAGCUCACAGCAGAAGAUCAAAGCCACAUAAUCUCUAUGCCAGUCUUCAGUUCUGGUCCCAGCUUAAAUGUUUUCUGGCAGUCGAGGGUUCAGAUUCUGUACUAUUUUUCUUCAUGUUUUUUAAAGCAGAGAGUACAGUGCCAAUGCCCAAAUUGCUGUCCUUGACAGUCUUCACACAAGCCUCAACGUGCAUAGUAUCUAGCUGCCAGUGGAUCAGUUAAUUGCUGCCAAUCUUUUUUUUUUUUUGCAUUAUCAUACACUUCAUAGACAUCAGGCUACCAGAAGUGGUAAAAAGACUAGUAGUAUGGACCCGGCAAUGGUGUUGGAUAACAUCAUGAAUUCAAUUUUGUAUCUGCUGCCUACAAAUGUGCUUACCUACAAAGCCUUGUAUUAGUAUUGGCUAGUGUCAGUUUAUAAAAAAAAUGUGGUACUGAUUUGCAGUAAAACUAUAUGAUUUAAGAAAAAGCAAGAAUAUUGAUUAAUUUCAUUGUCAAGUCAUAAAUUUGUGCCACAGUAUUUUGUUUAUCAGUGAGCAUUUCGAUGGAAGUACAUGUAAUGAAAAAAAUACGACCAGUAGAUAUAUUUGCAUGUAGUGCCACAAUAAGGACCAUUCAUUUUUAAAAGUUCUCUUUACACAAGGUAAAACAUGUGUUUGUGUGAUGUCAUAGAUGUAUUUUUUUUAUGAAACGCAUAAUAUUCUUUUGAGGGAUUUUUGAAAAAAAUGUAUUUGCGUGCAAGGGCUUGUUUAUUUUUAUGCUAAAUAUACAUAUGUAUAUAUUUGUCAACGGAACAGUGUAGAAGUUGUUCUUCAUUUCUUAAGCUGGCUGAUUUUCUUUCUUUGUUGUUUGUGUCACUAGAAACAUGCUUUUGACUGUCAUCCAGUGUUA